AUGGCCGAGGUUCAUAUUCAAAUAGAAGUGGAAGAAUCUAGAACCCCACAUGAAACCACGCCUCUGAUUAAAAGUCCAGGCGCAACCCAUGAACCAAACGGCCCAGAUGAGCAAGAAGACGACGAUAAAGAGACCCACUUGGAUAAAACCCUCCAAAGCUUGCAUUUUUUCCUAUCAUUUUUGGGAUUUAACCAGUCUUCAAUAUGGAGCUUCGUGAUAUCUUGGGGGGUUUUUUUGGUGGUCGGAGUUUUACUUCCGGUGGUGGUGCUCGAGUUCUCCGACUGUCCAGGGUGUGAAAAGGGCCAAAUCAAGAGUUUUGAGAUUGGUAUAGUGAUUUCUCAGGCUUGUUUGGCUGCUUCAUCUUUGAUAUGCCUUUCGCAUAAUUUGAGGAAAUAUGGAGUUCGAAAAUUUCUGUUUGUCGAUCGGUACAGUGGACAUGUGGAGAGGUUCAGUGGGCAAUAUGUGCAGAAAAUAUAUGAAUCUAUGCGCACAUUAGUACUAUGGGUGCUAGCUUGUUGUCUUUUGAAAAUUGUACGUGAAAUCGUACGGUUUUCGUAUGUUCAUCACGGGACAUGGUGGCAAUCCGCCAUUAUAUCAUUGGCUUUCGUGCUUUCUUGGACAUAUGUGACAACAAUAAUUUUGUCAUCGUGCAUCUUGUUCUAUGUGGUGUGCAAUUUGCAAAUUAUCCAUUUUGACGACUAUGGGAAGCUUCUGGAAAGAGAACCAGAUGUGGUAGCCUUAUUACAAGAGCAUGCUCGCCUGCGUUUUUACCUCUCGAAAAUAAGCCACAGGUUUAGAAUAUAUCUUCUUCUACAGUUUGUGAUUGUGACCAUAAGCCAGUUCAUGACUUUAUCACAGACCACAGAGUACAAUGGAAUGGUCACUAUCAGCAAUGGCGGUGAUUUUGCUGUGUCCACAAUCGUUCAAGUGGUGGCUAUAAUCCUUUGCCUGAAUGCAGCUGCAAAAAUAUCACACAGAGCCCAAGGCAUUGGGGCAUUAGCAAGCAGAUGGCAUGCUUUAAUGACUUGUACCGCCAAUGAUGCAUCUCAGUUACGAACUUCGAAUAGCAUCGGGAACUUAGAAGCUGUUAACAGGCUGAGUGGAUUUCAUGUGGACUACUCAGAGAGUGAUCUGGAGUCGUUGGAUUUGAUGAUGGGUCCUACGAAUGUGCAGCUGGCAUCAUACAUGUCUUUUUACCACAAGAGACUCGCUCUAGUGAUGUAUUUGCAGGCAAAUCCAGGAGGAAUCACGAUUUUCGGGUGGACAGUUGACCGAGCCUUGAUCAACACGAUAUUCUUCAUCGAACUAUCUCUGGUCACGUUCGUGCUGGGAAAGACCAUUGUUGUGACAUCAUAG